AUGCAUAUUGAAAAGAAUUUUUUCGAUAAUAUAUUUAACACAGUGAUGGAUGUUCAAGGCAAAACAAAGGAUAAUGAGAAGGCUAGAAGGGAUAUGGAAAUUUUGUGUGAUAGAAAAGAGUUGGAGUUGAAGCCUUGGCCUAAUGGAAAAUUAUUAAAACCUAAGACAUGUUACAAUCUAACUUCCCAAGAUGCUAAAGCGGUUUGUUGA